AUGAACGACGACAUCAAAGCAAGGACAUACAGUGGAAAGACUAUUCCUCUAUGGUAUUGGUCAGGAAAAAAUGUCUAUGUGUUGCUGUCCAGAAUUGGACCAUACAAAAUCUUCUUUGCAGACAUUAAUAAAACUGCUCCAAAUAAUGAGCUUGAAAGUGAGGUCAUAAAUGCAUACAUGUCUCUUCUUGUAAAGAGAUUCAAUACACAUUCAGAAGUACAAGCAUUCCAAAUUGACACAUUUGAAAUGACAAAAAUCUGGAAUGGAAAAAGAUCAAAACUAAAGGUUGAUCCCACAAUGUACAAAUAUCUCAUUGGCAUUGUGAAUGACCAUCACCACUGGACAGUUGUGAUUAUGCUGCCAUCCCAAAGGAGGGCUUUGUUCCUUGAUCCCAUGGGAGAAAUUUCUUCCAAUCUAAAAAGGUGUCAGGAUGUAACAAGGGCUUUUUUGCAACACAAAGGAUGCCAUGUGUCAAGGUGGUCUUGCCGAACGCUGCCUCACCCAAAGCAAAAAGAUGGCACAUCAUGUGGUGUCUUUGCUUUGAAAUUUGCAGAAUGUGUACUCAGAGAGGAGCCAAUUGUUUUUCUUAAUACAGCAGAGGGAGUGGAAGAAUUGAGGAAAGCAAUAGCUGUCACUCUUCUACAAAACAGUGAUGACCUGAGCCAGCUGUGCCAUGCCUGUGGAGAAGAAAGUGGAGAUUAUAACUGGGUAAGUAGUUACAAACUCUUCAGUGUUUAUCUUUAG